ACGAGCGCAACAGCAACGCAUAACAGCUGUGUGCAACGGGGUUGCUUCGGAGAACCGAAAACCGUUCUUCUGUACGUGAGGGGAAGUACGUUUGAUAGAUGGCAGAGCAUAUAAUGCUUCACGGCUGAGCCCGUGAGAUUGUGCGGCUGUCCAGGUGUCUGGGUCUCUCAGAUCUACGUCCGCGGUGUAUCGGUGUACCGGCUAUCUCCGAACUGUAAUCUUCAUUCGUCUCUCUGGUGCUUCACGUUAGCACCCACGUUACUUGCAGUGGUGAAGGUGCGAUGAAGUAAAGCCGAAGGAUGAUGAUGGGCGAACAAUUUCGUAGCAAAGUGGAGCAGUACUCGCCAAAGUCUUCGCCGAGGGGUGCGCGCUCCCCAGUUGUAUCUCGUCAAGACUCCACGGGGACCCUGAAGACGACCAUUUCCCUGGGGAAGAACCCCUCCAUUGUCCACAGCGGGCCUUUCUACUUGAUGAAGGAACCCCCUGGGGAAAGCGAACUUACUGGAGCAACAAAUUUGAUGGCCUAUUAUGGCCUGGAACAUUCCUACAGCAAGUUUAGCGGUAAAAAGCUCAAAGAACAAUUGUCUUCUUUCUUGCCAAAUUUACCUGGUAUCAUAGAUAGACCCGGGCAUCAGGACAACAGCUCGUUAAGAUCGGUAAUAGAAAAACCACCCAUAGGUGGUAAAGAACUACUGCCUCUAACAAGUGUGCAAUUAGCUGGUUUUCGGCUACAUCCUGGCCCAUUGCCGGAACAGUAUAGAUACGUAAAUCAAGCACCUCAGAGAAAGCACAAGAAUAAGCAUAAGAAACACAAACAUAAACCGGGAGAAGUGCUCAGUGGACAGGAAGCCACGACGACGGACGUAGGUGGUUCCGAUACGCAUGAAAAGAAACAUAAGAAGCAGAAGAGACACGAUGAAGAAAAGGAAGCCAGGAAAAAGCGAAAGAAGGAGAAGAAGAGGAAAAAACAGAAACACAGCCCUGAGCAUACUGGUAGCCUUACACCGUCUCAGCAUUCCAAUUCGUGAUCUCUGAUAUGCCCCUUUCAGUUUAUGCCAAAUUUUUAAUUGAAACAUAGAAGCGUAUAAAUUUCUUUUGUUUCUAAAGUCCACUUUAGACAAUCGAUUAGUCGGAAUAGAUUUAUAAUCUUCAAGAGUCGCAAUCACUUAUUUAGACAUUUUCGCCAGCUUUUUUAAUUUUUUUUUAAUAAUCCAAAAUCAUGGACCGUUUGGAGUGGACUUAAGAAAUAUUCAGCUUAGAGCAUGUAUGCAGCAAGACACAUAAAAACUGAAAAUCAAUCACGUGCCUUCCGGUACACAUGCUCUAAGAUAUACACUCGUGUAUUUAUUUCUUUUAUUUACGCAUAAUACGUCUAUUUUCGGCAUUAGUGAUAGGACGAAAGAGGCAAAUCCUGGUGCAAAUGAUUAUGUAGAUACAUACAUCACGUAAAAUAAUAUAAUAAUUGUCGAUCUUUUCACAUUAACGUAAACGCAGUUUAAUGAAUUGUGUUUGGAAGCUGAAGAAAGGGAGCUUUGCAAAGAGCAUUAUAUUUUAGGAAACUACUUGCUCAAUCUCUUUAUUGUUCUGUAUGCCAAACACAUGUUACAUUUCCAUGCGUUGCGAUGUAAAACUAAGUCGGAUAAAAUCUUUUAAGUUUGUCAAAUCUCUGCGUCAAAUAGAUAGGAUAUUCGAUUCAACAUUAUACAUUUGAUACUUUGGCAAGUUUUGCAACAUUCGACAUUUUCAAUUAUUCGAGGAUUCAGUUUGUACAGUUUCCUCUAUUCAUAGAUAUGCGUGAUCUUUCCUCGAGUGUCUCAUUUUCGUUAGGGCUCUUCACGAACCUCGUGAAAGUUAUUAGUGGAAAAGGAUGUAAAAUAUAAAUGUGUAAUAUAGCAGUUGUGCACAGGAUGCAGACUUAUCUGCCUGUUUAUACCGACGUAUGGUAACGAAUAAACAAAAAUGUAAAUAUUCUUAUUAAUGGAAGACUGUAAAUCAUAGAGAGAGGAAGGGACAGAAAGAAAAAAAAGAGAGAAAGAAUGUGAAAUCAGAUACCACUAUUCUGUGUAAAGUGUUCGUUUACAGAGUCUAUAGUGCGGCGUAGAACCUGUACGUUUUAAACCUGAUAUAUCGAGGAAUCUACCAGAUAUCGGAGAUUUACUUUUAAAUGUAAUAUUUAUAACGCGCAGAAAGAAAAGGAUAGAAUUAAAGCGGUCGAUUUCAACAGUAACCAAUCCUUUCUUUCAACUUGUCCUCUUGUCCAAUUAUUUUUUCCACCCUCUUUUCAGCAUCAUUGUAUUCAUGGGAUUAAAAAC